GUCAAUGUUAACGUUAAUGUUAUAAUCUCUUUAUCUCGCUAGCAUAAAACGAGUAUAAUUCGAACAAUCGCUCCAGCAGUUACCAGUAGAUAUGGACAAAUCCAAAGAACUCGAAGUCGAUCAACAUGGAAUCAAAUACAUUCCAGACGAAAAUGGCGCUUUCGCCCCGGAAAAACCCAACCACAAACCGGAUUCGUUCUUCUUCAGUUUCUCCAUGUUAUCAGUGGUUUUAAUGGUAAUAACAGGCGCUUCUACUUUCUCCUGGACAUCUCCUGUUAUACCGAAACUUUUAUCGAACGAUACCGAUAUUAAUCCUCUGGAUACUCCUGCAACUACCUUGGAAAUAUCCACGAUGGCGGGAAUACCAAACUUAAGCAGCACUCUGGGAAUUCUAAUAGCGCCUUUAUUCUCCAACACCUUGGGCAGGAAGAAGUCGAUCCAGAUAUUCUCGCUGACGAUGCUGUUUUGCAACAUCAUGGUAGCUUUCAGUUCGAAAAUGAUAUACAUCACUGUAUUCAGAAGCUUUAUUAUGGCCGGUUUUAUGGGAGCUAUAGCCAGCAUGUUCCUCUACCUAGCGGAAAGCUGCGAGACUCACAACAGAGCUAAAUACACCAGUUUAACUGCACUGGCUCUUCCUGUAGGAGACCUGCUCAGUUACACGAUCGGGCCACUUUUCAGCGUGAGAACGUUCACGCUUCUCAUCAACAUCCCGCUGAUUUUGUAUUUGAUAAUGUCGAUAUUCGCUAACGAAUCUCCGGUUUUCCUGCUAUCGAAUGGAUCGAGAGAUAAAUCGUUCAAAGUGCUGCUGACGCUGCGAAGCAACAAAUCGAGGAAAGAAGUCGAAGGGGAGUUCAACGAAAUCGAACGCAACCUGAACGUUAAAGACGCCGGGUAUUUGUCGUUGAUCAAAACGAAAGAGGGAAGAAGAGGAGUAGCUUUGGGUAUUAUUCCGUUGUUAGCGCAGUAUAUUAGCGGAGCGCCCGUUAUUUUAGCGUUUCUCGGACCGAUUUUCGACUCGCCUGGUGCUGUUUUGUCCGGAGAUAACGUUGCUCUUAUCGUAGGCGUAUGCAGGAUCGUGGCUACUUACAUAGCUAUUUCUGUAAUCGAAAAAUUCAACAGGAAAAGUCUUUUGUUGUUUUCAUCGAUUGGCUGCGGGUUUUGUAUGACAGUGCUCGGGGUUCUCUUCUUUCUCGACUCCCACAAAUCCAUCAGUUUGACGAUAUUUCAAUUGCUUUCGGUGGUGUUCGUGGUGUCUUUCUGCGUGAUUUUUUGCUUGGGUUUGGGGCCCGUUCCUGGGGUGAUGGUGUCGGAAUUCUUCCCCGCUGAGUUGAGAUCGGUGGGAACCUCUGCUAUACUAACUCUGGUAACUGUGGCUUUGUAUGUAGAAUCAGCUGGAUUUCCUUUAUUGGAUGAAUAUGCUGGGACCUACUGGUGUCUUUGGGUGUUCAGUUUCAAUUUGGUGGCUGGCUCGAUUGCUAUUUAUUGCUUCGUGCCCGAGACCAGGGGGAAGAGCUUCAGGCAAAUCCAAGCGGAGAUUAGUAGAUAGAUAAAUAUGAAGUUGUGUGUGAAUAUGUAAUAUUUAUUUAAGUACUUUUGGGUACGUUGUAUACUUAUCUCGGUUUGUGCAGAUAUGGUACUUAGUUACGUUUUUAAUUUUUAUAAUACAAUUCAAAUAUUAAUUUUUGUGAAUGUUUGCGGUACUUUUAAGUUGUAUAUUUUGUAUAUUACGCUGUGUAUAUUGUGUUGAUUAAAAUUUAUUUUUUUAAGUGUU